GUUUCUCAAGUAAGUAUUCCUGCUCAUAUCUCCUCAUUCUAAUGCCUUUAGUCUUGACCACAUCACAUGUACCUGACACACAGAAUGCCUUCAUUUGAUAUGAUAUGAGGGAAUUAAACUCCAUUUGCAGAUGAUGUAUCCUUUAGCCAUGGAGAGGGCCAAUCACACCGUGACUGAAUUCAUCCUUGUGGGCUUCACAACAGACCCUGUGAUGCAGUUGAUCUUAUUUGUGGUUUUUCUUGGUGUGUAUACUGUGACCCUAGUGGGAAAUAUCAUGCUAAUAACAUUGAUCUGUAAUGACUCCCGGCUCCACACACCCAUGUAUUUUUUCAUUGGCAAUCUGUCAUUUCUGGAUCUCUGGUAUUCCUCUGUCAACACCCCGAAGAUCCUAGUGACCUGCAUCUCUGAGGACAAAAGCAUUUCCUUUGCUGGCUGUGUAGCUCAGUUCUUAUUCUCUGCUGGGCUGGGAUACAGCGAGUGUUAUUUGUUGGCUGCCAUGGCUUAUGAUCGCUAUGUGGCCAUCUCAAAACCACUGCUUUAUUCUCAGGCAAUGUCCAUAAGGCUAUGUGCAUUUUUGGUAGCAGCCUCAUAUCUUGGUGGAUUUAUUAACUCUUCCAUCAUCACCAAAAGAACUUUUGCCUUGAACUUCUGUGGUGACAAUGUCAUUGAUGACUUUUUCUGUGAUUUACUUCCUCUGGUGAAGCUGGCUUGUGGAAGAAAGGAUGGCUACCAGACUCUACUCUAUUUCCUUCUGACCUCCAAUGUCAUCAUCCCCCUUGUGCUCAUACUUGCCUCCUACCUCUUCAUCAUUACCACCAUCUUGAGGAUCCGUUCCACCCAGGGCCGCCUCAAAGCCUUCUCUACAUGCUCCUCCCACUUGAUUUCUGUUACCUUGUAUUACGGCUCCAUUCUCUAUAUCUACUGUCGCCCCCGAUCUAGCUAUUCCAUGGAUAGGGACAAAAUAGGCUCUACCUUUUAUACUGUGGUCUUCCCCAUGUUGAAUCCUAUGAUCUACAGCCUGAGGAAUAAGGAUGUGAAAGAGGCUCUGAAUAAACUCUUUAAGUAAAUCAAGAUUCUCUCUCUUUCUAAGGAGAUGGGAAGAAAAUCUUUGAUCAAGUUAUUUGUAACUCAAGCAGAGCUGCUGUUGUGCUCCAUCAUAAUGAGAAAAUCUUACAGUCAAGUUAAAAAGUUUCUCCAAACUUGACACUACAUAGUUCAAGGGACCUAAGAAAAGAAAAUUAAGGGAAUUUAGGAAAUAAAUUUUGAACGUAAAGUAUAAGGAUAGUAAUUGAAUUCCAUUGGUUAGAAACAACCAACAUCAUGGACUAGACACAAAAAACUGAAAUGCAAAAACUU